AAAUUAAAAUUUGCAUAAUAUUGUACAAUAUAAUAUUAAACUCAAAAAUAUUUUAUGGUAAAUAGUAUAUCUAACCCUAUUCUCAUGAGCUAGUUUCUCCAGACUCCUGACCCUAAAAUUCUAGUGCUCGAUAGGCUCAAACAGCCAGCGAAUAAUGAAAAGCAAUGUGUCCGAAUCCGGACAGGCUGCCCCGAUUUCGGCUCACAGGUCUUACUCCUCCGGGUCUCCAGGCAGCCAUUAAUUCGGUUCGAACUCCUAUUCUGCCUUUCUACGAGCACUGUUGUGCUCUUUGGUGCCCCCAAGCAAGCAAGAAGGGUCGUGUUUGGUCUUUUGGCCAGCUCGCCUUGCUUGAAUACCAGAGUCGAAAAUUUUGAGAGUUAUUGUAAGCACGUCCUCGAUCGCGCGCUGAUCUGUGGCCGAUUUCCCGGUAGGAAAACCUUUUGCUCAAAUUAGCUGGAAAACUAAUCUAUGGGCUGAUAUUUAUCUCGCUGCGUUCCCAAUGUGCUAGGGCUCCGGAGAGAGGUAUCUCAAAUGUCAUAUUUAGUAUGCAUUGUAAUGGGCUAUUGUUGAGGGCAGAAGUAUUUGUGGUUUUAUAUGAUUAGAUCAUUUAAAAUAUUAUUCCACUGUUGAAAUCGAGAUAUGCAGAAAGAUAAAAUAUGGAAUAGGGGUUUAUGAACGCUUACUUUCACAUGGAACAAUAAGGAGUAAAGGCUCAGCCGAUUUCGAAAAUAUGGACUCAAAUUUAACACCAUUGAUGGUCACUUGUCAGUACGGACAUGAACGAAUUGUAGAGCUUCUGUUAAAGCACAAGGCGGAUGUGAGGACGAGGACUGAGUUGGGAUGGAAUUGUCUGCACUAUGCUGGAAGAUGGGGUCAUUUUGAGGUGUCGAGAUUGAUAAUCAAAGCGUGCGCAGAAAUGAUUAAUGAUCGUACAGAGAACGGCAAUCUGGGUGGGGGUAGAACAACAUUGAUGGUGGCUUGUGAGGAUGGACAUGAGGAUGUUGUAAAGCUUCUGCUGGAACACAAGGCUGAUGUGAUGAUUUUCAGUCACUCUGGAUUGAACUGUUUACACUAUGCUGCAGGAAAUGGUCAUUUUGAGGUGUCAAAGUUGAUAAUUGAAGAAUUUCCACAACUCAGAGACAGUACUACCGCCAAGGGCCAACAGUAUAGUUCCGGCAUAACAGCAUUGAUGCUGGCGAGUGAAUCUGGACAUCAUGAUGUCGUAAAGUUGUUGUUAGAACACAAAGCCAGUGUGAUGAUGACCAGCGAAGCAGGAUGGAAUUGUUUACACUAUGCCGCAGGAAAUGGUCAUUUUGAGGUGUCAAAGUUGAUAAUUGAAGAAUUUCCACAAUUCAGAGACAGUACUACCGCCAAGGGCCAACAGUAUAGUUCCGGCAUAACAGCAUUGAUGCCGGCGAGUGAAUCUGGACAUCAUGAUGUCGUAAAGUUGCUGUUAGAACACAAAGCCAGUGUGAUGAUGACCAGCGAAGCAGGAUGGAAUUGUUUACACUAUGCCGCAGGAAAUGGUCAUUUUGAGGUGUCGAGAUUGAUAAUCAAAGCGUGUGCAGGAAUGAUUAAUGAUCGUAAUCCGCGUGUGGUCAUAACAACAUUGAUGUUGGCUUGUGAGAAAGGACAUGAGGAUGUUGUAAAGCUUCUGCUGGAACACAAGGCUGAUGUGAUGAUUUUCAGUGACUCUGGAUUGAACUGUUUACACUAUGCCGCAAGUUUGGGUCAUUUUGAGGUGUCAACGUUGAUACUUGAAGCUUGUCCAGAAAUCAUAAAUUAUGGAACAAUAAGGAGUAAAGGCUCAGCCGAUUUAGAAAUUAUGGACUCAAAUUUAACACCAUUGAUAUCGGGUCAUUUUGAGGUGUCAAAGUUGAUACUUGAAGCUUGUCCAGAAAUCAUAAAUUAUGGAACGAUAAGGAGUAAAGGCUCAGCCGAUGUAGAACAUAUGGACUCAAAUUUAACACCAUUGAUGUUGGCUUGUCAGUACGGACAUGACAGAAUUGUAGAGCUUUGGUUAAAACACAAGGCGGAUGUGAGGAUGAGGACUGAGUUGGGAUGGAAUUGUCUGCACCAUGCUGGAAGAUGGGGUCAUUUUGAGGUGUCGAGAUUGAUAAUCAAAGCGUGCGCAGAAAUGAUUAAUGAUCGUACAGAGAACGGCAAUCUGGGUGGGGGUAGAACAACAUUGAUGUGGGCUUGCCAGAAUGGACAUGAGGAUGUCGUAAAGUUGUUGUUAGAACACAAAGCCAGUGUGAUGAUGACCAGCGAAGAAGGAUGGAACUGUUUACACUAUGCUGCAAUAAACGGCCACCACGAGGUUUCAAGUUUGAUAAUUGAAUCUUGUCGCAAUGUAAUUGAUUCUGCAAUCCGAGGUAAAGAAAGUCUAUCCUCCAUGUUGGGGUUGACAUCUUUGAUGCUGGCGAGUAUAUUAGGACAUCAUGAUGUCGUAAAGUUGUUGUUAGAACACAAAGCCAGUGUGAUGAUGACCAGCGAAGAAGGAUGGAAUUGUUUACACUAUGCCGCAAGAUCGGGUCAUUUUGAGGUGUCAAAGUUGAUACAUGAAGCUUGUCCAGAAAUCAUAAAGUAUGGAACAAUAAGGAGUAAAGGCUCAGCCGAUUUAGAAUAUAUGGACUCAAAUUUAACACCAUUGAUGUUGGCUUGUCGGGACGGACAUGAACGAAUUGUAGAGCUUUUGGUAAAACACAAGGCGGAUGUGAGGAUGAGGACUGAGUUGGGAUGGAAUUGUCUGCACUAUGCAGGAAGAUGUGGUCAUUUUGAGGUGUCGAGAUUGAUAAUCAAAGCGUGCGCAGAAAUGAUUAAUGAUCGUACAGAGAAUGGCAAUCUGGGUGGGGGUAGAUCAACAUUGAUGGUGGCUUGUGAGAAUGGAUAUGAGGAUGUUGUAAAGCUUCUGCUGGAACACAAGGCUGAUGUGAUGAUUUUCAGUGACUAUGGAUGGAACUGUUUCCACUAUGCUGCAGGAAAUGGUCAUUUUGAGGUGUCAAAGUUGAUACUUGAAGCUUGUCCAGAGAUCAAAAACAGAGGGACUCUGGGUGGUGAUAUUAUUAAUAGUAGAAGUAGCAGUAGUAGUACUCCUCAAAGAUCAACUCCUGUUGUGAAUGUCAAGAAUAAAACUGGACUUAUGCUGGCAUGUGAGAACGGACAUGAGCAAGUUGUAAGGCUUUUAUUAGCUCAUAAGGCCGAUGUGAUGGUAUACAGCGAAACUGGAUGGAAUUGUUUGCACUAUGCUGCGGAAAGUGGUCAUUCUGAGGUGUCAAGUUUGUCAAUUGAAGAAUUUCCACAGCUCAGAGACAGUACUACCAGAUGUGCCGCCAAAUGUACACCAUAUUGCAGAUUUUCCGGCAGAACAGCAUUGAUGCUGGCGAGUGAAUCUGGACAUCAUGAUGUCGUAAAGUUGUUGUUCGAACACAAAGCCAGUGUGAUGAUGACCAGCGAAGAAGGAUGGAACUGUUUACACUAUGCUGCAAUGAGCGGCCACCAUGAGGUUUCAAGUUUGAUAAUUGAAUCUUGUCGCAAUGUAAUUGAUUCUGCAAUCCGAGGUAAAGAAAGUCUAUCCUCCCAGCUUACAUCUUUAAUGAUAGCGAGUUAUUUUGGACAUCAUGAUGACGUAAAGUUUUUAGAACACAGAGCCACAUAUGAACGUCUAUCCUCCAUGUCGGGGUUGACAUCUUUGAUGCAUGCGAGUUAUUUUGGACAUCAUGAUGUAGUAAAGUUGUUGUUUGAACACAAAGCCAGUGUGAUGUUGACCAGCGAAGCAGGAUGGAAUUGUUUACACUAUGCUGCAAGAUCGGGUCAUUUUGAGGUGUCAAAAUUGAUACUUGAAGCUUGUCCAGAAAUCAUAAAUUAUGGAACAAUAAGGAGUAAAGGCUCAGCCGAUUUAGAAAAUAUGGACUCAACUUUAACACCAUUGAUGGUCGCUUGUCAGGACGGACAUGAAAGAAUUGAAGAGCUUUUGUUAAAACACAAGGCGGAUGUGAGGAUGAGGACUGAGUUGGGAUGGAAUUGUCUGCACUAUGCUGGAAGAUGGGGUCAUUUUGAGGUGUCGAGAUUGAUAAUCAAAGCGUGCGCAGAAAUGAUAAAUGAUCGUACAGAGAACGGCAAUCUGGGUGAGGUCAGAAUAACAUUGAUGUUGGCUUGUGAGAAUGGACAUGACGAUGUUGUAAAGCUUCUGCUGGAACACAAGGCUGAUGUGAUGAUUUUCAGUGACUCUGGAUUGAAUUGUUUACACUAUGCUGCAGGAAAUGGUCAUUUUGAGGUGUCAAAGUUGAUACUUGAAGCUUGUCCAGAAAUCAUAAACAGAGGGACUCUGGGUGGUGAUAUUAUUUAUAGUAGAAGUAGCAGUAUUAGUAUUCCUCAAAGAUCAACUCCUGUUGUGAAUGUCAACAAUAAAACUGGACUUAUGCUGGCAUGUCAGUCCGGACAUGAGCAAGUUGUAAGGCUUUUAUUAGCUCAUAAGGCCGAUGUGAUGGUAUACUGCGAAAAUGGACGGAACUGUUUGCACUAUGCUGCAGAAAGGGGUCAUUCUGAGGUGUCAAGUUUGUUAAUUCAAGAAUUUCCACAACUCAGAGACAGUACUACCAGAGACGUAAUGCUUCGUAGUGAAGAAGGAUGUGAUGUUUUGCUAUAUGCUGCAAGAUCAGAUGAUUUAAAAGUGUUGGAGUUGAUUAUUGAAGCGGUUGUAAAAUCUGUUGUCGACGCGAAUUCGCCAUGGUGGCAAAGGACAUUAAUAUGGGCAUCAGAAAUAGGUCACCUGAGUGUUGUAGGCAUGCUGCUGAAAUACAAGAUAGAUGUGACGCUCCAAAAUGGAGAUGGGCACAACUGUCUUCAUCUCGCUGCCAAAAAUGGUCAUUUUGAGUUCUUGGAGGCGAUUCUUGCGAAGGAUACUGAAGGUUUCGUGAAUAGUACAACAAGCGCGGGUGAAACAUCAUUAAUGUUAGCAGCUCAGAAAGGAGACGUGGAAGUUGCAAAGAUUUGGCUAAAAUACAAGGCAAGUGUGCUCGAGUGCGAUGAAAAUGGUUGGAAUUGUCUACACUUUGCUGCGUCGAAGGGUAACGCAAAGGUGAUGCUCGAGAUUCUCAACCAUCCUGAUCUGGAGAAGCUAGUAGAUAGUAAAACAAAAGCAGGCCGCACUGCCUUGAUACUUGCUGCUGAGAAUGGAUAUGCAGAUGUUGUUAAGCUUCUUAUACAUAAGAACUGUAAUGAACUCCUUUGCGAUGAUGAAGGAUUCAGUUGCUUGCAUGUGGCUGCAAAGCAUGGUCAUCGUGAGGUCCUGAGUCACCUUCUUUCGGAAGAAGGUGACGAAGAUUACUGGGAUAGGGAAUGCUUGUGGGUAGGAGACAUAGAGAGUAAGAUUCGUAGGUUGGAUCCAAACAGUGUCCUUCUUACGUCCAAACGUCUGAAACUUAUGGAGGUAAGAAGCUGCUUCGAGCAGCUCACAGCCCUCCACAUGGCUGGCAUUAGCCACCGUACUGCGAUAGUUUCGUUUUUGGAGAGAACGUAUUUCACUUUAGCUCUUAGGUCUAGACGUUUCCUGCUGGGUCCUGUGACCACGUUCAUUUGUUACGAAGCCCAAUCAUUAUAUAUUUUCAACCUGAUAGUUGACAAUUUCUUUUAUGGGAGCGCUUUCUCUGCUACAAUAGUUCGUUGUCAAUUACUUCAUUCCAAUGGGUUACUUCAGAUCAACCCACGUUAGAACAGUUCAAAAUCGGCCUCUGAUAACUCUAAGUACUGUGAAUUCUAGGUUACAACGAAGAUGAAUUUGACACUGAUGACGAUACUCUGAUAUAUAUAUAUAUAUAUACCGGUGGGGUUAGAGAACUAUAUCGCAAUACAAAUACUUUUG